AAAGCUUUUAAAGCAAAAAUAAUAUUGGAACCGCACAAAAGAACCCCGGGGGAUAUAAGUAUUUUAACCUUUAAAAAGCCGGUUAUUUGCUUUAAAUACGGGCAGCUAAGCUAUAUUAUUACAGCAUGCAAAAUACGAACGGAUAACCCAAAAACCCCGUUGGCUUUAACGACCAUACAAAGGGCGAAAGGGAAAAAGCCCGAAAUACGGUAUUACGGGUAUAAGGAAUUAGGCCAUAUCCGGCCGGCGUGCCCCAAAAAAAGCAAAAUAUCGCUACCCAAUUUAACACCGCUAUUUGGCCGUUUAAGCACCGGGGCCUAA